AAUUAAAUUUACUGAAAAAGGUGAAAUCAUACUGAAAAUUUCAAUUCUAUCACGAAAAGCUAUUCGCGAAACCAAAGCGAGCCUGUUAAUUGAGUUAUGUGAUACUGGCAUUGGCAUGAAUCCUGAAUAUAUACAACAUGCUUGGAAAAGCUUUUCACAAGGCGACAUGUCAAUAACCAAGAAACAAGAUG